CGUCCAUCUUGUGAUCAGCUGAUUUAUCGCAUUUGAUUAUUUGAAUUUAAUUUUUGGUUUUUUUCUUCUAAAAUUAACAAAUAAAAAAGAUGAAAUUAUCACUAAUUCUACGAUCAUUUCGUCGUGAAUUUAUUGGUCCAAUACCGAAACAUAAGGGAAAUGUUCUUAUCGGACGAAAACGUUUUGUACCACCGGUUACAUUGGGUAAAAAAAUUGGUCUCGUACAGCAUUUAGCAUAUGAAGAAGAAGUGAUGAAGUAUCUGAGUAAACCAUAUGUGAAUGAAACCCAGGAAUGUCGAUAUUUAGAAUCAAAAAAUAUGGAACGACCACCAUAUUGGGAUGAUUUUACACGUAUGACUAUUGAACAACCAUUACAGCAAUCAUAUUCAGCCGAUUACUUGGAAAAAUUAAAUUGUUCACGUACAUUUGAAGAAGAAAAUUAAGAUUUAUUUUAAUCAUUUUGUAUAAAUAGUCAUUAUUAUAGUGUUUGUGUGUCAGUGAAAUUAAAUUUUUUGUGAAAUUUAUAA